AUGCCGACCGAAUUCAUUAGCUUAACCUUUCCAAAUGCGUCCACAGAGCUGAAGCCCAUCGCUGGAGCCAGCAUUGAUCCUGAUUACCUUGAGCGAUAUGCCCGAUCCUUGGAUGACUAUGAGUUCAAUUAUACUCUUGUGCCAUAUGAUUCCUCGUACUUUGAUCCUUUCACAGUCGGCGCGACAAUUGCGUCGGUCACCAAAAACCUCAAGGUGAUCAUUGCCCUUCGACCCAACACGCUCUACCCUACCGUUGCAGCGAAGGCCUUGGCGACAUUGGACCAGCUCAGCAAUGGUCGCGCUGUGGUUCACUUCAUUGCCGGUGGUAGCGAUGCGGAUCAGGCUAGGGAGGGAGAUUUCCUCAACAAGGAUGAACGUUAUGCGCGCCUGGAAGAAUACAUUCGUAUUUUGCGUCGCGCAUGGAAAUCCGCCGAGCCAUUCGAUUGGGAUGGAAAAUACUACCAGUUCAAGGAUUUCAGCAACAGGGUUCGACCUGUGAAUGGCACCAUCCCCGUUUCCGUCGGUGGCUCAUCAGAUGAGGCUUAUCGUAUCGGCGGUUCCCUCGCUGAUAUUUUCGGUCUUUGGGGCGAGCCUCUUAAGGAGACCAAGGAGCAGAUUGACCGAAUCUAUGCCGAGUCAGACAAGGCAGGUCGCGCCGAAAAAGAUCGUCCGCGUAUUUGGGUCACCUUCCGACCCAUUACUGCAGAGACUGAUGAACUCGCUUGGGCCAAAGCACACAAUACACUGGAUGCACUUACAACUAACCGAGCGAGCGGUCUGGGCAAAGCACCUGCCAAUGCUCCCCCUCCUCAAAAUGUGGGCUCUCAGCGACUUCUUGAUAUCGCCUCUCGUGGAGAAGUCCAGGACCGUGCUCUCUGGUACCCUACCGUCACUGCAACAAAUGCCCGAGGCGCAUCAACAGCCUUGGUUGGUUCCCACAAGACCAUUAUCGAUUCGAUCUUGGACUAUGUUGACCUGGGUUGUGAGCUUAUCUCCAUUCGUGGUUAUGAUAACCUCAACGACGCGAUUGAUUAUGGACGUUAUAUCUUGCCAGGUGUUCGUGAAGAAUUGCAGGAGCGAGCAAAUGGGUCUUCUGCCUGA